AAGGAGUGCACCAAGGAAGGAGAUCUCUACACCCUCGGGUUCCGGCGGUACCGGUUCCUGGGGGAAACAGAUGAGAAGUUCCCAGUGUUUGAGGGAGCCUCCGGAGGUAUCCCAGUGAACAUGAUGAACGUCAAAGGCCUCGCUCGAUUCAAGAACAAGCCGGCCAAGGAUCCGAAGGGGUCGGACGCCGGCGGCCAAAAGCCCGUCGGUGCGCCUCCCAAGAAGCCCGAGGGCGAUGCUGCUGCGGCGAAGAGGAAGCCGACGGCAAAGGAGCCCCCCCAGGCCCCCAAGAAAUCGAAGAAGGGGGACGCCGCGAAGGAUGAC